AGCAGCAGGGUUUUGCAUUUGCUCAAGCCAGAAGGAUGAAGGUCAGCUUGGGCAGGAUGCCCUUCAAAGGAAGCCUGGUCUUUGUCUUGGCGGUGACUCUACUUUUCCCAGAUGUGAUAUCCAUGAGCAUUCGAAUACCUGUUGAGACAACUGUUGCUGUUACCCCAACUGUGGCCAGUGGAUCAGAAGAAGAGGUUCUUGAAAAGGAAGACCCUUUAGAUAAAUACAACCUCAAAUCUGAUGAGUUGGAAAUCGAUUCCAAUGAGGAGAGCUUGACUGAACUUGAUUCCUGGGAUAAUGUUGGAACUAUUAUACCAGGCCAAGAAGAAUUGGACUUCCCACAAGAUAACAGAACAGGGGAAUACAAUAAGGAGCAAGAAGCUAGUUUGUGGGGAUUUUUAAACACACCAGAAGCCAGUAUCACCAAAGAUGAAAAUCUGAAGACGACUGCAGAUGAGGAGGAAGAUUCUCUUGCCCUAUUAAGUCUCCUUGUUAAAAGAGCUCUUGAAGAUGAUGAUGGGGCUAAUGAACCAGAAGCCCUCAAUGAAGAUGAGGAGGAGAGUGAACCUGAAGCAGAGGCCAUAGAUGAGGAUGACUUUUCUUUCUCUGAUUUGCCCAAGAUUUUUGAGUCUUUAAUAAAGGCUUUCUCUGGCUCUCCAGGGUCUGAGCCUCCUCCGCCAGAGGAUUUCUUCUCUUGGUUCCCUUCUCUAAAGGAGCUUCUGGAUCCCACAAAGGAGGAGCCUGCUUCAGUUACCAGUUCACCAAGAAACAGCAUCACGCAGCCAGAAAGAAGGUCUGGUCUCCCUACUCCAUUGGAGCCAGCUCUGCAAAUGGCCCCGGCCUUCGCAUCUGCGCAACCAGAUGAAUCAGAGAACCUCCCCUCCCUCUCAAAUUUCUCUAUUGCUUCUAUUAUUCCAACUUUCCCUACCGACUCCACCCCCUCAAAUGAGUGAGCAUUUUCUCUCAGAUGUCCCAGACUCUGAAGAGAGAUUUGAUUAAUCAGGAAUAUGUAAGCUUACUUUUUCCUCCUCUUCCUGGAGAUUGAGACAAUAAAGAUGCCGGUUAAGGAAGAUUUUUGGGUGGGGGAAGAACAUCAUCCCCGAUCUUUUGUUUUUGCUUUUAAAGGGGUUUGAACAAAGCACAAUAGAUGCUUUUAAUGUGACUUUUUUUUUUUUUGGAAGGGAAAGGGAAUGUGAUCUUGUAUGCAUAGCAAUCCUUUGAAUUUUCUUUCCACUAAAGUUGGAAAUGCCC